AUGUAUAAAUACAUUGCCGUGGCGACUUGUGGGCUGGCGCCUAUCGUCUCAGGCGCACUCCACAACACUCCCAUCGAAACAAAGAAUGGAGAUGUCCUGGGUUACCCUGCCUUCAAUAGCUCCAACACUGGCAAUUUGACCCAUUGGAAGGAUAUCACUGUAUGGAAAGGCAUUCCAUUUGCGGCAACAACUGGAGGCCAGAAUCGCUGGAAAGCCCCUCAGCCUGUCAGCGCGUGGAAUGGAACAUUGGACGCCAAGAAUUUUGGAAGUGUCUGCCCUUCAGCAACAGAUGGCAACAAUGAUUACACCAUCGACGAGGAUUGUUUGAAUCUCAACAUCUGGAGUCCUGCGAAUUCCACCGAUGCUAAGCCUCCAGUCGUAAUGUGGAGCUACCCGGCUCUCUCGACUGCGGCAGAUGCUCUCUUUGAUGGCGGUGGUAUGGCAGACCAGGGCAUUGUCUUCGUCAACUACAAUUACCGGACCGGGUCAUUUGGUUGGCUCGCCACCCCAGAGCUGACAGAGGAAUUUGACAAUGGACAUAACACCUCUGGGAACUGGGGUAUGCUUGACCAGUUCGCUGCCCUCAAGUGGAUCAAAGCCAACAUUGCCGAGUUCGGUGGUGACCCUGAUCACAUCACUGUCAUGGGACAGUCUGCCGGGUCAGCUGCAACUCAGCAUAUACUGAAUAGUCCUCUCACCAAGGGCUUGAUCGUCGGCGCGAUCAUUGAGAGUGGUGUUAGGGAUCCUCAAGAUCCCUUGUGUACUAGCCUUGCGGAGGCUUACACGACCAUUGAUUCUUCCUACUCUACGGGCACCUCCUACUUGAAGAGCUUGAAUGUUUCCACCAUUGCCGAAGCCCGCGAACUGCCCAUGGAAAACACCUACUACAACACAUUGGUUAAUAAAUUGGCCCAGGAUGUGCCCGUGAUUACCGGAAACACGAAGGACGAAAGUGGUGCCUCAUAUGGUCUGGAUAUUACCGUGUCAGAAUAUCUCACAGACCUCAACGAGACAUACAGUGGAGUCUGGCCUCAGCGCUUCCUUGACCAAUACCCGGCGCAUGAUAACACCACUGCUUCAGGUGCUUACAACUCUCAGUUCACCGACCGCUCCAAGGUCGGAACAUGGUUCUGGUCUCAGCUAUGGAACAAGGCUUACAGCAGCCCUGUCUAUAACUACAUUUGGGACCAUGCUCCUCCCGGUCAAGAUCAGGGUGCUUACCACGAGUCUGAAAUCAACUAUGUCCUGAACAAUCUCUAUGCCACUGACAUGCCUUGGGCUGCGGAAGACUAUGUUAUUGCCAAUAAGAUGAAUGGCUACUGGUCCAAUUUCAUCAAAACCGGAAACCCCAACGGUCACGGCUUGACUGCUUGGUCUGCUGCCAACUCAUCCGCGCUCGUUCAACAUGUUGGAGACGGAUGGGGUCAGAUUCCUGCGGCAUCUAGCCGGAAGGUCUCUUUGUUCAAGUCGUGGUUCAGUACUUUGCAUAAGUAUUGA